AUGACUCCCGUUCACGGCGACUACAGAGGCGACCAUGUCUGCGCAAUAUCCGGAGCUAAGACCAAUCUCAUGUGCUGCACAUUGAUACAGGACAUGGUUCUAGAGCGCAAGGAGGCCCCCGAUAUUCUGGCCAUCGAGUGGAUAUAUGGGCUACCGAGAGGGGGUUUAAAAUCCUAUAUGGCCUCGAGGGAUAACCACGUUCUCCUCCGCAAAGACAUCAGCCGUCUAUUUUGCCGCGGAGAGUUUAUGCUGGCUCCAACAUUCAAGACCUACAUUGACAUUGUUCACUUCGUGAAACGUGCCGGUAUCCAGGAUCGCAAGACGGGCGAUAGGUCGCCUCGUCGGCCGUUGACAGCGCUAGCAUCCUCCAAAGGGAUGUAUCGAUAUGUCUUCAUUCCACGUACGGACGCCGCACGCAAGCUUCAGGCCGAAUUCAGCUUGGCGCCACAGACUGCGGAGGACCUCAAUCACGGCAUACAUCCCCUCACCAACACACCGUACAAGGAGGGGACCGAAAAUUUCCCCGUGGUGGAGUGUCAUGCGCACCCGUUCUCCAUCGCCGUGCUUGCCUAUUGGCGGCUUCACACAUGCUGCACCCUUCUCACUGGGCAGUGGUAUGGGCUGGCGUGGAAAAUAACCCGAAUCUGGAGCAGCGAGUUCGUGAAACCGCCGCAGUGGUUUCUUGACUCGCCUGAGUACAAUCAACACGACGAAGUUCUCAGCCCUAGCGAAGCUACUGGAUACAUUCCGGCUCUGCCAGAGCAACUUGAACAUUGCAUCCCUAUACAGCCUCGAGGACGCGACGUUAUCAGGAGCCUCCUCGACUGCAAGUUACCGGAGGACAGCUAUCCCGACAAGUGCACCAAGUGGGCUUUCGAGGUCCCUCCUGACGCACCCACGCCCGAGGAAGACCCACCUUGCCCUCCCUAUCGCGAACGCCGCUCGUCGGCGAGUGAAGAUUGCGGUGGUCCGCUUCCUUCGCCGACGCGCAAGGGUCGGCGUGCGCUCCAGACGUGCAAGCGCGACCCCGUCAAGAACCCGCCGUGGUGGGCGUCGAGCAACGGGCGGUACCCUACGGAGCGGUUCUGCAGCAACGACUGGGCAGCCAGGCUUGCCAUCUCCAACAUGCUCUUCAUUGAGCGCCAUCUGGUCGAUAGGACCAUCCAGGAUGUUUGCGAGCGUCCUGCUGUCCUUCGCGCGCGAAUGCGCAUCACGCCUUCGCGGACCUCGCCUACGCGUUCACUGGUCUUCUGCGAUAGCGGGCGGCCCUCCCCUGCGCACCUAGGCGACCAGCAUCUGCACUGA